AUGGGUAGAAGAUUUGAUAAAAAGAACGCAACCACAUUUAAUGUUCUUCAUAGAGCACACGAUGACGUUAAAUACUUUGAUGAUGAUGCAUCAAAGCAUGUUUUGGUUGAACAAACAAAGAAAGAACAACCUAAAAAGAAAAUAUACACUACUAGUGAUUUAGAAUCCAAACUUGCCAAUGAGAACAUUCGAGACAACGAAGGGUUGGCAGCUCAUUAUGGUAUUACAUAUGAUGAUUCCAAGUAUGAUUAUAUGCAACAUUUGAAGCCUAUGGGUAAUACUGAUGGGGUUUUUGUUGGUGCAAAGGAAACAAGUGUGGAGAAGAAGCAAAAAAUUGAAGAUUUGAUUAGGGAUCAAUUACCUUCUGAACGUACAAGAAAGGUUGCUAGAGAUUUAGAUCAAAGUAUUCCUGACGAAUUACAAGGAUUCAACCCGAACUUGGACCCUAGAUUAAGAGAAGUUUUAGAAGCAUUGGAAGAUGAAGCCUAUAUUGAAGAGGAGCAAGAAGGAGCUGAUGAGGAUGUGUUUGAUAUGUUAUUGAAAUCUGGAGAAGUUGAAGAUGAAAAUGAGUUUUAUUAUGGAUCUGGGGCCGAAGAUUAUGACGAUGAGUAUGAUGAGUGGGAUUUGGAUAACUAUGAAGACGAAUACAACCAGAAAUAUGAACUGGGUGUACCAGAAGAUGAAGAUGGAGAACUUCCGGACGGAGUCAACCAGGAUUGGCAGAGAGAUUUUAUGAAAUUCAAAAAGGAUACUAAGCACAAGGCAAAUGAUUGGGAUUCUGAUGAUGAGUUUGAAGAAGAAGAGGAAGAUGAAGUUCCAGAUCUCCCUAGUAUAUCGGGCAAUAAAAAGAUUUCUAAAACCAAGAUGAGAAAGAAGAAAGGUGCUAUGACAGAUACUUCGUCAUUCUCAAUGUCGUCAUCAGCUUUGUUUAGAACUGAAGGUUUGACUUUACUUGAUGACAGAUACGAGCAGCUAAAUAAGAAAUUUGAAGAUGAUGAAGAAAAAGAGCACAAGCCUUUCAACAUGGAAGAAGAAAGACAUGAUCUUGAAGGUAUGUUGGAUGAGUUCUUGGAUAACUACGAGUUAGAAAGUGGCGGUAGAAAGUUGGUUAAGAAGGAUGAAGAAAAGAAGAAGUUACAGAAGGCAGCUAGUUCUGUGUCCAAAGGUAAAGCUGCUAGGAAAUUGAAUCAAGCUUUUGGUGACAUGAAAAUAUAA